AUGCCCCCUGCAGCGUCUGACGAUCAGAAGCGCCAGUACAGUCAGUCUUGGGAAGACGAACCCGAUUUCAAUACGGAUCAGAGUCGCCCUGCUCAGGAGCAUGAGCCCAGUGGAAAGAGCAAAAAGAAGAAGAAUAAAAAGGCCAAGGCAGCGGCUAAGGCUCUGACGGAAACGCCACCGGACGACCUACUCCAAACUUCUCCGGUAGCCCCCGUUGAGCCCUCGUCAUGCCCUGACCCAACGCUAAAUCAUGAUGUUAACCCCGAUGUCGUGUCGCCCGUGGUGGAUACCCUCGACACAGUCGAUGGCGCCGUCGAGAGCGACGUCGUCACUCGUACAGACACCUGGGCCCAGUCUGUACCCUAUGGAAAGAGCCCACCCACAGAUCUAAUUGAUGGUGAUAUGCCCCAGGAAUCGCCCAUCAACUUUCCCACCAUCCAAGCGAGAGGUGGCUUCAGUCAACCUUCCUCGGCAUCGCCACCCACCCGAAUCCGACCUUUCAGCCUCGGCAGUGGUUACCGAAGCAGUAUGCAAUCCCGACAGCAGUCUGUAGACCGAAGAAAGAGCCAGUCGUAUGGAAGUCCGAUGAGCAACAUCGCACCUCCUCCCCAUCUUCCCCAAGCGCACUUUUACGGUGCUCCAGACAUCGACCUGGGUGCUCAACCCCGACCUCCAAGCGAUACAGCCUACUCAUUCUGCGGUUUCGAUACUCUUCCCAGCUUCUCUGCAAAAUCACCUCGAGCGGGUAUUGCCGUGUUGGUGGUAGGAUCUGAUAGUGCGGUGGAAAUCCUCGCUGUUGAGGACCGCCGGACCCGUCUAGUCGGUCAGAUCACUGGUCUCGGUGGCAGAGUUCUCGAAGCAAAGAUCUUGUCCGGACAGUCAUUCAAUGACUCGCUUGCAGUAUCUCAACCCCACAUUGCAGUCACGAUUCACGGCCCCAUUCCUCCAAGUGAAGAGGAGGCGCCCGCUUCCUCUGCAGGCUCCGAUGCUCAUGAAGCUCCUCCUUCGAUGGCGCGAGGCCGUGCAGGUGAUAGGAAAUCUGAGCCUCCGCUAUAUCAAACCAGAGUUCAGGUCUAUUCCCUGCGGUCUGGAGCACUCAUUGCAACGCUGUUUGCAAGCAAGGCCAUGCCGGCGUUGGAGAAUAUCCCCGGUCAGCCUUCCUUUGCGCCGUUGCCUGUUGGCAGCCUGAAACUUUUCACAAGUGGAAAUCAUCUGGUGGUUGCUUCCGGUAUUAGCGGAGAGGUUUAUGUCUUCCGAUACAUCUCAGCAGAUGUCUAUCAAUGUUUAGGGAAGACCUGGACUAGCGUUCAAACGGGAGAAAUCCGGCGAUAUUCCACCUCGUCGAGCUCUACAGAUCCUGAUAGUUCUCACAGCGAUGCUCCCCGUACAUCUCCUACCGAGCGACCCAUAUUGGCCUUGCAAGGAAGAUGGUUGACUAUCGUGCCCCCUGCAGCCUCUUACCGGGGAUCGAUACAGGGUAUUGUACCCCCGGAUUUGAUGCAUGAAAAGGCCCAAGGAUUGGAAACUCGCAAUCCUCCUAGUGCGCCAUCUGUCAACUGUGCAACUGAUGUGGGUGAAGGAGAGAGCUUCCUUAAUAAGAUGGCUCGAGGUGUUACUCAGGAAGUGGUGAAGGGUGCCCACUAUUUGGGUAACCAGGGACUCCAGGCCUGGAAUAACUACUGGAAUAGUCCACAGGCCCCCGGCACGCCACCUCCUCGAACAAAUCGGCCUCCCGAGAAUUCGGCUCAGAUUUAUGGUGGAUUCCCUCCGACUCAUGCUCAAGACACCCAGACAACGUCCUCGCCUGAGCCAGAUACGGUUUCCAUCAUCGAUCUCAAACGCUUUGAUGAUGGCGUGGAUACAAAAUCCGCAUCACUCUAUCCCGUGGCUACUUUCCAGGUCCCCAACGGCUGUAGCUUUCUCUCACUAUCUCCGAACGGCCUAAUGCUCUUCACGGGUAGUAAGAAAGGGGAUGUGCAGUAUGUGUGGGAUCUUAUGCAACUCAAACAUUGUCGAGCGUUGCCUUUCAUCGCUGAUGACCACACCUCUCACAGUCCACAUGUGCGACAGGUGGCAAGAUACGCAAGAUUAACCACGUCUAGCAUCAUGGAUGUGAUAUGGACACCUCCUGUUGGGGAUCGGUUGGCAGUCAUAACAAGAAAGGGCACAGUCCAUGUCUUUGACCUGCCUCCAAGCGCAUUUCAAUGGCCGCCGUUCCGACGAGCUCGCUCUGCAGGGAAACGAUCACAGGCCGUUGAACCUGCAAGUGAUGAUGUCUCUUCCCAAUCGAACACCGGCAACCCGUUGUCUACGGCAAUGAAGCUUGUUGGAGACCGGACUCAGCCGUUCUUCUCUGCUGUCAGAGGCCGUGUCCCCUCAUCUGGUGCGGGGUUUUCCGCUGGAUUUGCAUUCCCAACUGCAGCUAGCAUCAAGGGUGGGAAAGUUGUGGCUGCAGGCUUGAGCAAGUCCAUGGGUGCGGCUGCCACGGGUACGGUCCACACUCUUCGACAUGUUGGUGAAAACCGACUGCAUGUGACUGGUCUAGCUCGGGACCCGGCAUCAUCUCGAGUCAUGUGGGUUUGCAGUAAGGGUUCCGUUCUCCUGGGAGUGGUCGACGAUGGACAUUUCAAAUUGUACCGGCUCAAGAAAGGACCCACAAACCAGAAGAAUCGCCAGUUCCAUUCUGUAAUAGGGGGUAAAGAAAGCCAGUUCCAGCUACCUGCCAAUCUGCAGAGCACCUGUGGCCCGGCACCUCUUAUUGCGUAUGAUCCGGGGGUGGUUGUCCAUGCCUCUCUUCUCUUGCCAUCAGUCAGCUCGCAGCCAACCAGUGCGGCAAAACCGUUCUGCCAACCUCUCUCCCAGGCCGAGCUCGAGACUAACACCCCAUACCAACCUUUCCAUACGGAUCAACGUGUCAGUCUUCAUGUCUUUUCUACGGAGACUGGAGCAUCUGUUCCCGGCGGUCAGUGGGUGUUUGGAAACGACAUACCUACCACAAAAGUGCACAUGAGAUCAUACAGCAACAGUGGUGAUAGCAACUUGGACGAUGACGAUGAGAAUGCCGCGGUUCAUGGACAUUCUCUGGGGGCAGGUGGGGAUAUGGAGAACCUCGUCACCGUUGGAAACAGCACGGGCAACGUGGAAGAAGUGAUCAUCACGACCCGGCGCAAGAAGAAACACUCCACUCCUCUGAAGGCGGAUGAUGGGUUCUUUGAGGACGACUGUGAGGUCCUAGAUUUCGCAAGGGAUCGGGUUUGA